AUGCCAUGCUACCUGGUGGAACAGUACAAUCCGCUUGACGUAGAAAACACGGGAAUGCCAGGGGGCACAUUUGGCUUGGGUAAUGAUAAGAAUUACGGACUGUGCCGUGUGCACAGGGCGAGCAACGCGCUUAAUCGAUCUUCUCGCUUGAGAAAGCUCUCGCAAGCUUCGGUGACUUUGGUGACAGGUGCCAACGGCAGGGAAGGUCCUGCCGUUAAUUCAGAGACGAUCCGUUCCACUGCUGAAAUUGGGCAGCUGCAUUUGACCAACAUGUGCACUUCAGCAAUGUCUAAUGGUCCAGAAAGGAGCAGCUGGAAAGAGGCGAGUUUCGAGGGAGCAAUCCUGGUACCGAAAGGCGAAGCUGACCAUGCAUGCAGAACGCGAGUCGCAGGCUCCGCAAAAAAUGCCAGUUUAUCGAUGGACUACGUCCAUUUGAACAUCGGCACCACAUACAAGUUGCAUUAUUAG